UUUUGUUUUCCCAAAUUUUAAUUCUGAGUCAAGUACAUAGUAGUUUUUUGUUACCCUGUAUAACUGAACUGCAGACUCAGAACAAUGAACGUAAUGGGAGGAAUUGCUCCGAAUCCCCUCCCCUUCCCCCGGCGGUACUCACUACAGGCUGAAGAUGAAUGUGCUGUUACAGGGAUCAGUGACAUUCCAGGAUGUGGCUGUGGACUUCACCCCAGAGGAGUGGCAGCUGCUUGACUGUGAUCAGAGAACCUUGUAUUGGGAUGUGAUGUUGGAGAACUUUAGAAACCUCAUCUCAGUGGGGGGCCCCGGUACCAAAACAAAAGGCAUCUUCAAGGCAGAGCAAGGACAAGAGCCAUGGCUGGGGGAGGGAGAGAACCCACGCUGGCGCUGUCCAGAAGUUAUCUGCUUACUUGAUGAUGCGCUAGGAAGCAAAGACAAUUUUUUGGACCAAGAUAUGUUCACUUUUGAGAAAACACUGACCAAGAAGAGAGUCCAGAAUUGUAAUCUGAAUACAAAAUGUAUUUCUUCAAGACAAAUACAGCAUAGAGGUGAGUCAAAUGGAAAGAGUCUGCAACCUAAUUCACACUUGCUCAGUUACAAUAAAAAUUACAUCAGAGAAAACUCUUAUGAAUACAAGGAAUGUGGAAAAGCCUUCAAAAACAAAUUUUGUCUCAUUAGGCAUGGAAAAAAACCUGCAAGAAAAAAAACCUUUGGAUGCACUGAAUGUGGGAAAGCCUUCCAAAAGAAGUCUCGUCUCAUUAGACAUGAAAAGAAACAUAUAAGGAAAAAUAAAACCUUUGAAUGCAAUGACUGUGGGAAAGCCUUUAGCAGUAAGGGACACCUUAUAGCUCAUCAAAAAAUUCAUAGUGGAGAGAGACCCUAUGUGUGCAAUGACUGUGGGAAAGCGUUUAUGCAUAAAGCACAACUGGUGGUCCAUCAGAGACUCCGCACGGGAGAGAAACCUUACAAAUGCCCUCAGUGUGGGAAGUCGUUCACUUGGCACUCCUCCUUUACCAAACGUGUGAAAUCACAUACACUUGAGAACUCAUUUGAAUGUAAGGAAUGUGAGAAAACCUUCAAGUACAGCUCAUCCCUUUAUAAACAUUCUAGAAUUCACACAGGAGAAUAAUCGUACAGGUGUAGAGAAUGUGGCAAAGCCUUUGCAGACUCCUCAGUGCUAGUCAUGCAUCAGAGGAUUCAUACAGGUGAGAAACCCCAUGGGUGUACUAAAUGUGGAAAAGCCUUCAUCAAGAAGUCACAUCUCCUUAAACAUUACUUAACUCACACAGCAGAGCAACAAAAUAAAUGCAGUGCGUGUGGGAAAUCUUUUAACCGGAAGACACAUCAUUCUCCAUCAAAGGAGUCAUAAAAACAUGGAAGCUAUG